AUGCUGUGUAAUAAAUCUCCUGUGCGUGGUGUAGCUCUUUUUUGUUCUGUGUCCAAUAUUGUUUGCUUGAAUAGUGUUCUAUUAAUUGGGACCACUGUUUUGACGACGUGGCGUAAUGUUAUUGAUAUGGAAGAAACAAAUGUUUACACCGCCGAUACUGUCAAUCGGGUCGCUAUUUUGACAGAUAAAUUCGGUCAACCGAUAUGAUUUGCUUAUAUGGAGUUUGCUGAAGUUGUCCAUAAUGUCCUGUUUUUGAAUGAAUCAGAGUUGCUUGGGCGCCAGUUGAAGGUGUCUGCAAAGCGAACAAACGUACCUGGAAUGAAACAGUAUCGAGGAAGGUGUCCAAACCCAUAUUUUGGCUUUCCAUCCCGAAGGCCCUCCAUGCCCGGUCCGCCUUUCUAUACUUCAUUUGGAUAUGGAAGGGUUCCAAGGUUUAGGCAGCCAAUGCGGUACAGGCCGAAAUGAUUGUGGAUCAUGCAUUUGUGGGUCUGUCGAUGCACUCUCCAGUUUUCCUAAUUUCCUCAUUUGUGAACAAGUGAAUUGCAGAGUUGAGACAUUUUAGGAGACUUGAUUUCAUAA